AUGUUCACUGGAACCACAGAGAAAUGCAAGGCUUGCGAUCAGACUGUUCAUUUCUUUGAAACAGUGAAAGCUGAUGGAGUUCCUUAUCAUAAGAAAUGCUUCAAGUGCAGUCACUGCAAUGGACUUCUUGUGAUGAGCAGCUAUUCCUCAGUUGAUGGAGCCUUGUACUGCAAACCUCACUUUGACCAACUCUUCAGGGUGACUGGCAGUUUUUCCAUGAAAUUAUCAUCAUCUGGAGAGAAGAAAGGACUGGCAAGGGCUCCCAGCAGACUUUCCUCCAUGUUCCGUGGCACCCAAGACAAGUGUGCAAGCUGCGACAAAACUGCUUACCCUUUGGAGAAGGUGACUGUGGAGGGAGCAUCCUAUCAUAAGACAUGCUUCAGGUGCUCUCAUGGUGGUUGCUAUCUCACUCCCUCAUCCUAUGCUGCUCUUGACGGCAUCCUUUACUGUAAGCCCCAUUUUGCUCAGUUGUUUAAGGAGAAAGGCUGCUACAAUCAUCUCACAAAGUCUGCCUCAACAAAGAGAAGUGAAGCAAUUGCACCAGAAGCAGAGGAAUCCAAAGUUACAGCUGCGGUAUCUGAACCAAAUCCUGAAGUCGAAACAGAAGGCAGCUCCGAGGCAACUCCCGUAAAAGAUCAAUGA